CACUGAAAGAGCAAACAGGAAUCCUCCGAGCUGCUGAACGGCUGAGAUACAAACCAGACUGCGAGGGCCGAUUCAUGACGAGGGAAGAGCCGCUUGUGGACUGAACUUUGUGGUCGCCAAGUGAGUGAGAGAGGAGAAUCCUUGGGGCAACAUGGACGAUGACUUUGACCGCCGCAUGGAGCUGAGGAGGCAGAGGAGAGAGCAGAUGCGUCAGGAUGCAGAGAGGGGCAUUUCCAUGAAUGACGAGGAGGAGAAGGAGGCCCGAGAGCGAAGGCGACAUGCCAGGGAAGAAAGGAAAAAAACGAGAGACUCGGACGAGUCUGGAACGACGGACACGGCCGACACCAACAGCGCGACGGAGACCGAAUCGUCCACGACCGCUCCUGGAGGAGCGGAGGAUGACCAGGCUCUGCUGGAGCGCCUGGCCAAGAGGGAGGAGCGCAGGCAGAAGAGGAUGAAGGAGGCGAUGGAGAGGCAGAAGGAGCUCGACCCCACCGUCAUUUCCACCAACGGCACGGACGGCGGCCUGCAGGAGCUGCCCCCCGUCAGCAAAGGCAGCAAACACACGGAGGAGGAAGAGGAGAAAACAGAGGAGAGGCCUGCUCAGGAGGAAGCCACAGAUACUGAGACAAACUCAUGGGGGAAGGAGGAGAGAGACGAAAAGAAAGAGGAACAGGAGGCUGAGGAGAAAACGGCACCGACCGAAGUUGAGCAAGAGGAACCCGAUUCAACGACGAACGACACCGAGGAGGAAGCUGUUCCGGACCAACACGAGGAGGAGGAAGGAAGGAAGAGGAGAGAAGAGGAAGAAAGACGGCACAAAGAAGAAGAAGAAAAGCUGAGGAUGGAGGAGGAAGAGAGGCAGAAAAGGGAACACGAGGAAAAAGCCAGGACGGAAGAGGAAGAAAGAAAACUAAAGGAAGAGGAGAGGAAAAGGGAAGAGGAGGAACAGCAACAGAGAGAGAUGGAAGAGAGGCUCAAGAAGGAGGAGGAAGAAAAGAAAAGUGAAGAGGAGGAAAACGAGAGAAGGGAGAUUGAGGAGAAACAGAAGAAAGAGGAGGAGGAGAAACAAAAGCGGGAAGAGGAAGAAAAGCUGAAGCGGGAAGAGGAGGAAAAGCACCGAAAAGAGAUGGAGGAGAAGGCGAGGAAAGAAGAAGAAGAAGAAAAUCAGAGGCGGGAAGUGGAGGAUAAAAAGAAGAGGGAGGAAGCCGAGAAGCAACGGAAGAUAGAGCAGGAGGAGAAGAAGAAAAAAGAAGAGGAGGAGAAGCGGAAAAAGGAGGCGGAAGAGAAGAAGAAGGAAGAGGAGAGGAGGAAACGAGAAGCGGAGGAGAAAAAGAAGGAAGAAGAGAAGAAGAGGAGGGAGCUGGAGGAGAAAAAGAAAGAGGAGGACAAGAAGCGGAAAAAGGAGGCGGAAGAGAAGAAGAAAAAGGAGGAGGAGGAUAAACGUAAAAAGAGAGAGGCUGAAGAGAAGAAGAAGAAGGAGGAGGAGGAGGAGAAACCUAAGAAACUUGGCUUUAAGGAGAAGAAUGAACCUGCCAAACAGAAUGGAGCCAUCUUUGAGAAUAAACUGAAGAAAACAGAGAAAACCACAAGCAGGGACGGCGCUCCUCCCAGCAAGGCGGAGGACGCCGAGCGACGGGAGGCCGAGCGCAAGCUGCUGGAGCUGAAGCAGCGGCGGAACGACGCCGAGAGCGAGGAGAUCGAGAAGAUGAAGCAGAAGCAGCAGGAUGCGGAGGCUGAGCUGGAGGAGCUCAAGAGGAAGAGGGAGGAGAGGAGGAAAAUCCUGGAGGAAGAGGAGAAGCAGAGGAAGAAGGAGCAGGAGGAAAAGAAAGCCAAAGAGCAGGAGGAGAGAAGGAGGAUGAAGGAGGAGAUAGAGAGAAGGAGAGCAGAGGCUGCAGAGAAGAAGAAACAAAUGGGGGAGGAAGCAGCAAAACCUGACUUCACCAUCAGUCCGAAAGGCUCCUCUAAGAUUGGGGAAAAGGCAGAGUUUCUGACCAAGUCUGCUCAGAAAAGCCCAGCGAGGGCGUCACAUACUCCGCUCGUGCCAAAGAUUGGGAACAGAUUGGAACAGUUCACCUCUGCUAUGCAGGGAAACAAAGAGGUCAAAUCCCCCAGGUCUCCUUUGGCCGACAUCCCCACGGGAGGAACGCGCAACAUCAAGAGCAUGUGGGAGAAAGGCGCCGUGAGCAGCACCGCCCCCGAAAGUCCAGCAAACAAGGAUGUGGCUGGCAUCAAAGGAAGUGUGGCAGGACGCGGCAACAGCUGGAAGGGGAAGCCUGCAGAAGCAGAGAAGACCCCAGCUCCAGCUCCAGCUCCAGCAGCAGCACCAUCACCACCAGCAGCUGCAAAGCCACCAGAAGCCAAACCAGGUGAAGUUGGCAAACGCGGCAUGUGGGAAGCCAAGAGAGGCUCAACACCAGCCAAGGUGGCGGUUGGAGGGAAAAGCAAGUUCAAUUAGAAAGACCCAAACGGCUUAAAAAUGAAAUAAAAUUCAACAAAAGCAACCGAUGACUUCAUGAUCAAGCUGUUUUCUGUCUGAAGAGGUUCCUGCUCUCCUUCGGGCUCCUUUGCCCUUCACCACACUUCUCAUUCCUACCAGAAAGGGAGCCGACGUUCCAGGCCGCGGGUCAUCUGCACCAGCCAACAUCUGCACCAGCCAACAUCUGCUCUGUGGUUCGAGAAAUUCUGCACUGCUGCAUAUUUGAUCACUUUCAACCCCGAUCCAGGAGAAGUUGAUGCGAUUACGCCUAGUUUCGGCUACCUAGACGACUGCCGUGAGGACUCAUAAUCUGUUACCCAGCGGUAAUGUGACAUGCAAAUGAGACAAAAACAUUUAAUAGUGAAAUAAUCAUACUUUUACAAUUUCAGUGACCUUUUAAUACCGAUGUCGGAAGUUGUUCUUUGCAAUACAUGCCCCAAGGUACAAGUGUGCUAAGCAAUUUCUUAGAGCCUCCAAACCAACAGGGGGCGCCCAACACCACUGCAGCUUUCACACAAAGUCUGGUUUACGCAUAAUUUUCUAUUUUUAUUUUAGAUUGUUUCUUCUUUUAUUGUGUGGGGAAUAUCUGUUGUAACUGUGUAACACAAACCUUGUCGUCCUCUGUAUUCAAAAUUUACAUCAGUGUAGUCUGACGGUGAAGAAAAUAUUUUGUACUUAAAUGUUUAAAGGCAGCCCAGCUGCUUCAUGCUUCUCAUUUCUAUGCAAAGGUGAGAACUAACAACUUAAAUCAAUGUGAGUGUCAGGGAAAGCAUUUCGUCUUUGUUUUUGCUUUUUCUAAGUUAAGGUACGUUCUCCUAUAAUACAUCAUGUCCACCAUCUUUUCAGACAGUAGACAUUUCUAACAAAACAAAAGACUACAAAGAUAUUCUGAUAUUUUUUUUUAAAACUUGAGUGACAUCACUGUGAACAAAAGCAAAUGGAUAUGAACUGAAGGAACAUGCAGUUAGACAUGCAAUAGCAGAAUAUAUUAUGCAUAUUAACCAUUAAUAUAAUGACUAAUAUCCAUAAUAUUAACCAUUAUGGAUAAUAUUCAAUAAUGGUUUUGAACAUGGAUGAUAUACUGUAAAGAAAUGGUAAGAUGUGGCUGUUUAAAGUCAAAAUUAGCAAGAGGCCCUAUUCAUCCAUGGACUUUCAGCUUCUUGAAAAUGAACUUAUUUAUUGGUAAUAAAUAAGUUCAUUUUUAAAAGCAAUGCAAAUUGGAACCUUAUAUGUUUCUAAGGCUUACUAGUAAAUUAGUUUAAUACUUUUUUAAACUCUUCUUUAAGGUUAACAUAACACUUUAGAAAGUCCUAGGAUUGUUUCAAUAUAUUGUAUGUCAUGUCAAAUAGUUUUGGAUUAUAUUGCUGAUGAUUAAACAUGGGGCUAUAUGAGCUUCUCACUGUAUGUACUUGAGCUUCUCAUGCUAUGACCUUGAGUAGGAUGAUAAAAAAAAAAAAUUAAACAAAAAUGUUAACAUCAUCCAAAACAGGAAUGUACAAAUUAUACCUACUACUGCUGUAAUGUGGCAUAUUGGUAAUUACAGUUAUGUCUAUGUAACAUUUAUUAUUUUUGAAUGAAUUUGAAUUAUUAGUAUUUUAAUUGCAUUAACAGCACCUAAAUACAGUUGUAGUUCUCCUCAUUUUCCUUUCUGUCCUUUGCAGAGUAAGAACCUUGUUAAUUAGUCAGGCUAUCUGCUCUGCCGGUCGGCCUCUUGAUAGAUAUUACUGUGUUCUUUGCACAUGGGAAUAUUUCCACACGUUCAAACUUAUCUUUCAUGUGAAGCGAAAGGUAAAGAGUAGCUGCCUCCUUCCUUCCAGCAGUGUGCAGAAAGAGGCGUGUGUGCUUCACGUUUCAACUACAUGCGCCUCAUAGCUGAGAAAUAAAAAUAAAAAAGAACUCUGGGCACAAUGACGAUGCUCCCUCUGGCACCUCAUUAAAAAGACAUUAAUAGCGUGAAACAGGAUGAUGAAUGAUGAAACCAUGGGUUUUUAAAAGCUCGACAUAGCUUCAUAUCAGAAACAGACCCAUGCCUAAUUAUGAUUUAUGCGAUCCUCGUUGUCAUCAUCACAGGAGGUAACAUCGGCGUGACUGUUUGGACUUGAUCACGACUCUGUUUCCGGAGGCAGCACCUGUCAUCCGGACAUUGAGAGAAAAGCCCCUAUAUAGUGCCAGUGUUUUACCAAGUUGUUAGUAACUUUCACUGUGGUGCUGCUUUAUAGAUCGGUGAGUGGAGAUGUGGAGCUUCUAAGGAUUAGGGAAUCUGUUUGUAUCACUGAGUUUGUCCGCCAGAGAAUGUGUUGACCUUUAACUCAUCGGUUUCUGCUGCAGAACCGGUCGGCUUUUCUAUCGAGCUUCGAAUUGUUCUCACUUUAUCAAAUGGACUGCUGAGAUUUUUGUUUUAUUUUUUUUCAAGAUUUGUUUUGCUGCCAUUGUCACCUGCCACCUUAUUUUGUGCUGCAGUCCAGUCUGUGAUACGUUGGAUCAACAAGUUGAUGAUCUGCACCUGUAACCACCUUCUUCCAUCUGUUUUGUUUUGUUUUGCACCUUGCCUAAAUGUUGUCGCGAUUCGAUCUGUUUGACAAUAUUGACGUUAGCAAUAAAAUUAAAAAAAAACAUUUGAAAGAAAAAAAUAAAUAAAUAAAAACACAGACCUUG